AUGAUAAACGUGGCAAUAAUUGGUGUUGGAAAUUCAUCUGACUUGCACAUUCCCUUCAUAGACGCAGUCGACGACUUCAAGUUGACACAUGUACUCGAGCGUAGAGCUACGAAAGAAAACAGCGUUGCGAGAAGCAAGUGGCAGCACUUAGAGCCUUUUACCGUCAUAAACGAUUAUAACGAUAUCCUCAAAGACACUAACGUCAGCCUCAUUGUUAUUACCACUUCAAACACUUCCCAUUACAACCUUACCAAGGAAGCACUCAAAGCAGGCAAGAAUGUGGUUGUUGAGAAACCUUUGACACCUUCAUCAGAGCAAGCAUUGGAAUUGGCUGAUUUGGCCGUUGAAAAAGGUUUAAUCUUGAGUGUAUUUCAGAACAGAAGAUACGACAGUGAUUUCCUUACCGCUAGCAAGCUCAUCAAGGAUGGUAAGCUUGGUGACAUUAGCUCAGUUGAGUCGCGUUUCGAUAGAUACCGUCCACAAAAUAAGGGUGGUUGGCGUGAGGAAAACGUACCAGGCUCCGGUGUUCUGUAUGAUUUGGGUAGUCACUUAAUCGACCAGUCUGUGAAGCUGUUUGGUAAACCUCAUCAAAUCAGCGCUAUCGUACAAAAUAGUCGCCAGAAAGGUGAUUUAUCUGUCGAUGAUAGCUUCACUGUUCACCUUCAUUACCAAAACAAGAUUCCACUGAUUGUCACACUCGGUGCUUCUGUUUUGGCGUGCUUCAAUGAUCAGUUGAGGUUUAAGAUCAGUGGUGAAAAUGGCUCAUUCAUCAAGUAUGGAUUUGAUGUUCAAGAAUCACAAAUCAAGGCUGGGCUGAAUGCACUUGAUGCCAACUUUGGCGUUGAUGAUAAGAAUGCCCAUGGAACGUUUACCAACUCAGAUGGCAAGACUGAAACUGUAGAGACUGUAAAAGGUGUCUGGAUCGAUUUCUACAGAAAUGUCGCCAAUGCAAUCAACAAAACUGAGAAGCUUGCUGUCGAUCCUUACUCUGCUGCUCUUACCAUCAGACUGAUUGAGUUAGCCCAUCAAUCCUCCAAGGAGGGCAGAAGAAUUGACAUCCCAUAA